AUGGAUGUAAAUACUCAUUUGGAAGAUUUAUCAAAUGAGAUAUUCUUUGAAAUAUUUGAUUAUUUACACAUAUUUGAUAUAUUUACUGGCUUUACUUUAUUGAACAGACGAAUAUCAUCUAUUUUACAAUCAAUUCCACUUCAUAUUGUUAUUUCCAAAAAACAUUGUCGUCGUCAAAUUGACUUUCUUUCUUCUCAUCUUACUUUUCAUGAACAUCAAGUCAUCUCAAUAAAUAUUUCUGAUACCAUUCGUGAUGAUUCUUCUAUUAUCAGUUUAUUAUUCAAUCGACACAACUUUUCUCAUCUAAAAUCAUGUAAACUUAUGUCAAUUGAUUCAAUGACUACACUUGGUAAUGUUAUUGAACAAAUUCAAAGUCUUAAUACACUUGUCUUGCUUCAAAUUUUUCAACCAAAUUAUGAAAACAUAACCAAAAAUGAUAAUGAUCAAUUGACUCAAACUAUAUUAACACAUAAAUCAUCUUCUCUUCGUUCAAUUGAACUUCAAUAUCCUCAUCAUUACUUAGACGUAUCAAAUUAUACAUCUUUAGGUUCAAAUGUUACAUCACUUAAUUUAUGGAUUGCCGGUUCACCUUCAACUGUAUCUAUUUAUUCAGUUUUACGAGUUUUUCGUGUUUGUCAUAGAAUAAGAUAUCUAUGUAUUAUAUUACAACAUGACAAACGAUUUGAAAAUAAUAAUGUUAAUGUUCCAAGUGAUGAACCACUUACAAAUGAAAAUGAUCUUCCUAUAUUAUCACAAUUGACAUCUUUCGAGUUAAACCUUGAUGCUAUAUUCGAUAUUUGGUCGAUUUCAUAUAUUUUACGUUUUAAUUUUCGACGAACGAUUGAUGACAAUAAAAAUGCAUCACAAAAUCUGACUUAUUUAUCAUGUUUUGUUCAUUUAUGGAAUGUCAAAAAAUUAGAAUUUCGAUCAUCGUUUCAUGCAGAUCGAUGGAAAGAUGUUCAAUUAAUUCUACAAGCAUGUCCAAAUGUAGAUAGUCUUAUAAUUAAUACUCCAUUAUUAGUCUUAUCAAAAUUAAUUGAUAAUUCAUUUCUUAUUCCAAUUUUUAAACAAAUUAAAAUGAUCAAAUCAAUAACAGAAGACAUUUAUUUUCCUUCAGCUUUCGCCUCAAAAUUUGUUCAACGUUUUCCAUCACUUUGUCAUAUUGAACUUCAAGUAUUCUCAUUUGAUAAUUGUUCAUUUAUUAUUGAUAUAUUUCUUACUGAAUUGAAACAAAUAUCUUAUCUUAAAAUCAAUUAUGACGAUACAUAUUUCGAUGAUCCUUUUUCAUGUGAAUAUAUUAUAACAAAACGUCGUCAAGCAUUUUCUCUAGACAUCAUUAAUGAACAAAUGGUUAAUGUCAAAAAUAAUGGCGAAGUUAUUGAAAUUUGGUUAUCAUGA